AUGGUACCUGAUGUAGGCGUACAUAUUGCAGUGUUCCGUGUUGCAAUAGUCAUAUAUCGAGGAGAAAAAAUUUAUAAAACAGUCAAGACAGCAAUGAAAACUAUUCAAGUUAAUUCGAAUAUGAAUUGCAAUAGUUGGAGUCAAAUUCAAGAGAAUUCUUCAAUAUGGAAUAAAAACCUUCUACCCUGUCCGAAUACCCUUCGACAAGUCAAAGUAGCAAGAGCUCAAUAUGAACCUGAUGCAAUGUGCCGAGAAGAUGGAUUCAUAUCGUUUAAUUGCUGGUUUCAACAAGGUCGACAACAAUUCAAUGAGGACAGUGCCAUUGCAUGCUUUCGAUCAGUGCAGUCAAAUGUACAUGGGACUAGUGGCGAAUGCUGUUACAACAGAGGUGGCUAUAUUAUAACUAGAGGAACAGGUGCUGGAAGUGACGACCGCUAUCAUAGUGGCCACACUUUUUGGAAGCAUCAAUUUGACGAUGUACUUCCUCUACUUGCUUGUUGCAAACUAGAAGCUGAUAUAGAAGCAUGCAAUAAAUAUUUUCAAUAUCGACCAUCUCAACGCGGUAGUGAUACUAUGGGUCAAUUCGGUGGCACUUGGGGUGAUCCUCAUUUUUUGACACUUGAUGGAACUUCAUAUACAUUUAAUGGCCAUAGCGAAUACAUCUAUCUGGUGAUACCAACUGAACAAUCAAUCAAAUUUGAUUCCAGUGUUUCUCUUCAACUUGAAUCUCAAAUUCGCACUGUUCCAUUGGAAGGCAUUAGAAAUAAAGUAACAGCUAUCAAGACGUUUGCUGCUCGUAUGGUUUCGAUGAAUGUCAGUAUAAUUGUGUCUAGGCGCAAUCAAGUCGUUGUGCGUCUCAAUAAUGAUGAGUUAUUAUUUUUACUCGAUGAAGAUGCAUUGACUGAAGUCAAUACAACAACUCUAAGCUUUGAAGACUUUUCGAUCAUAAAAAAUCAAACCAACGGUCAACUGACACUCUCAUGGUCCAUAGGUGUUAGCAUUCAGGUGACACCGGUAUUUGUCAAUACAACAUCGACAGUCGUAUUAAAUGUAGGGGCAGCUGUAAGUGGAGAAUUAAAAGGAAAUUGGACACUGGGUUUGAUGCGAACGUGCUAUUAUGAUGCUGCUAUCACAAAUGAUAUUUCUUUUGGACGUGCUUCAUGGCAUGCAGCUGAAGAACAGAUCGAACAACGUGAAUCCCUGCGUAAUCCACCAAAGCUCAGCGAUGAUCUAUCUUUGACACAUUCAGUAAAAACUGGUCAGCAAGUGAAUAUAUUAUUCAAUGCAACUAGCGAAUUUACUACUAUCAUUGCCUGCAAACUUCUUCAUGGUCCGAGUGAAUCAACUUUGGAGGAACGAACAGGUCAAUAUCGGUGGAAAGUACCAGAAGAAACUACAAUUGGUAGUUCAAUUCCUGUGCAAGUUAGCGCAACAGAUGAAACAUAUAGUUUAACAUCAACAUAUGAGGUUGAAUUGACAGUGGAACCGAGAAACAACGCGCAAACAAAAACAAGUUCCAUAUUUUUGCUUAUUUUGGUGGUAUCAUUACAAGUAUUGUGUGUACAACAAGAAAUAACACAAAAAUAG